AUGAAAAAACGUUCUCAUGAUCAAAAAUCUGGCCAGAAAUCAAACAAGAAGAAGAAGAAGACCAUUAAUCACCACCAAAAAGAAGAAGAACCCACCGAUGACAUUUCACUUUUAAUCGGAUGGAACAAUUCUAAAUUUCAUCAAGUUUUGGAAAAUUUAAAAACAAUUAAAUUAAUUCGUAACAAUAAUUAUCAAGAAGAUAGAUCAACAAUAGAAAAUGAAGAUUGUGAAUUUAUUGAUUAUGCAAAAUAUUUGGAAGAAAUUUUAAAAAAUGCAGAAAAUGAAAAGUGUGAAGAAAAUAUUUGGAAAUUUUAUGUUUACUUAUUGGCGGAAGAAUUUAGUAAUUUGGAUUUUUGUAUUGCAUCGAUUAGGGAUAAUCACUUGUUGGCAAUGAAAAAGAUUGGAGAGUUUUAUCAUAAUCGAGCUAAUACAGAGAUUGAUUAUUCGAAAGCUUUCGAAUGGUAUAUGAAAACUGCACAGGCAGGUCUAUUCCAGAUUGGGUCAAUGUAUUUGAAAGGGGUUGGAAUAGAACAAGACUAUUCGAAAGCUAUGGAAUUCUUUUUGCAAGCAGCUGAGAAAGGGCAUUGUGCAGCUCAACGUACUAUUGGGCAUAUUUAUUAUGAAGGAAUAAUAGGGGUUGAACCAGAUUAUACGAAAGCUUUUGAAUGGUAUACGAAAGCUGCAGAGAAGGGUUGUUUUGAAUCACAAGCUCAAAUUGGUUACAUGCAUUUUUAUGGACAAUCUGUACCACAAGAUUAUUCCAAAACUUUAGAAUGGCUUUUAAAAGCUGAAUCUCAUGGAAGAGUUCCAAAACUUUUGUCAAUUCAAUAUGAUAUUGGAAGUAUAUAUUAUUUUGGACAUGGAGUUGAAAAAGAUGUUUCUAAAGCUAUGGAAUGGUAUCUGAAAGCUGCAGAGCUAGGUGACGUGACCUCUCAAAAUGUAUGUGGAAAGAUUUAUCAUUCGAAUGGUGACUAUUCGAAAGCUUUGAAAUGGUAUUUGAGAGCAGCUGAGCAAGGGGAUGCAAAGUCUCAACUUGCUGCUGGAUCAAUGAUUGUUCUUGGAAAAGGUGUAGAAAAAGAUUAUUCGAAAGCUUUCGAAUUGGUUUUGAAAUCUGCAAACCAAAAUGAGACUGAGGCAAUGGUCCUCUUAGGGAAUAUGUAUUUCUCUGGAGAGGGGUGCAAUAAGGAUUAUUCACAAGCUUUUAAAUGGUAUUCAAAAGCAGCUGAGGAAGGAAAUUCAACAGCACAUUUUGAGCUUGGACUAAUGUAUCUGAAAGGAAAAGGAAUCGAACAGAGUGAUUCUAAAGCUUUCGAAUACUAUUUGAAAGCAGCCAAGCAAGGAAACUUAAAUGCUCAAUUGAAAAUUUCAUCAAUGUAUUGGCAAGGAAGAGGAACCGAACUAAAUUAUUCUGAAGGAUUGAAAUGGAUGGGAAAGAAUAUGAACCUUUCCAAAAGAAAAUCCAUAGCUAGUUUCUUGGAACUAUUUCAAGAAAAGUUAAAGCAUGUCAAAUCACCAAUUAUCGAAAAGCCAAAUGUCAAAUUAAUGCCAUUUCCAUUUGAUAAUUUAAUGAAAUUGAUACAUUCGUAUAAUAUUAAGGAAGGUGAAUCUCAUGAAAACAUUCAAAUUGAGGAUACAAUCCUCAUUAAAUUAUCUAAAAGUGAUUCAAUUGAAUGUGAGGGAAAGUUACUGAAAAGAUCAAACUAUUUCAUAACUUUGUUAAGCUCAGAUUGGAUUAAUAGUGUGGAAAGAAAUCAGAAUGGGCUGAUGAUAGUUGAUUUGAGUGGAGUUUCGAAUGAAAUUAUUCCAUCUAUUAAGAAUGAGGGCGUUGUUGAAAUAUUUGAUUUAUAUUUCAAUUUUUUAAAAGAGGGAAAGGUUGCCUUUUUAAGAAAAAAGACCUUUUUUGAAUUGGAAUUAUUACACGAAUUGUGUAUUUAUUUAGUGGAUGAUUUAACAAUUUCUGAAAUAUUAGAAAUAUUGAACCCAAUUUAUAUUUACUAUUUAAUGGAAAAGUUCGAAAGGAAGGAACAUGAGAAAUUUGUAUGUGGAAUUGUAUCGAGCUAUAUCCUCAAGAAUCUAGAUUCCAAACUUUCAACAUUAAUUCCUAAACAUGUGAUAGAGACACUCUUCUCCUCAAAAUUAUUGCCAUUCGAUUGUAAGAAGAAACUGCACGAUUUACUUCCACAAGAAGGCAAGAAUGAAAUCUCUCAAAAUGGUAAGUAA